CUUUCAGGCUGCGUUGUGGCUCGAGAUUCCAGACUCUAGCAAAGGGCGGAGCUUCUCGGAAAGCGAAAGAAGGAGGGGCUGGCAGAAGACUUAAGGGAAGUAGGAAGCUCGACAGGCGAGCGUUCCAGACGGCACCGGGGCCCAGGGUUGCCUGCCAUGUCUGCGAGAAGUCCCCGCGUGGGAUCCGUGUCCCUGGACUCUUCCAUGUUCUCCAUACCCUUGGUCGCACUCAAUGUGGGAGUGAGACGCCGCCUCUCGCUGUUCUUGAACGUUCGGACGCCGGUGGCAGCCGACUGGACCUUGCUGGCAGAGGAGAUGGGCUUCGAGUACUUGGAGAUCCGAGACCUGGAGACACGCCCCGAUCCCACUCGCAGUUUGUUGGAUGCCUGGCAGGGACGCUCUGGCGCGUCGGUCGGCAGGCUACUAGAGAUGCUGGCCUUGUUAGACCGUGAGGAUGUACUGAAGGAGCUGAUGCCCCGCAUCGAGGAGGACUGCCGGAAAUACAUAAAGAAGCAGCAGGACCAGGAGUCCGAGAAGCCCUUACAGGUGGCUAGAGUGGAAAGCAGUGUGCCACAAACAAAGGAACUAGGAGGCAUCACCACCCUUGACGACCCCCUGGGACAAACGCCGGAGCUUUUCGAUGCCUUCAUCUGCUACUGCCCCAGUGAUAUUGAGUUUGUGCAGGAGAUGAUCCGGCAACUAGAACAGACAGACUAUCGGCUUAAGUUGUGCGUGUCUGACCGUGACGUCCUGCCAGGCACCUGUGUCUGGUCCAUUGCCAGCGAGCUCAUUGAGAAAAGGUGUCGCCGCAUGGUGGUGGUGAUUUCUGAUGAUUAUCUACAGAGCAAGGAAUGUGACUUCCAGACCAAGUUUGCUCUCAGCCUGUCUCCAGGUGUCCAACAGAAGCGACUGAUCCCUAUCAAAUACAAGGCGAUGAAGAAGGACUUUCCCAGUAUUCUGCGGUUCAUCACUAUCUGCGACUAUACCAACCCUUGCACCAAGUCCUGGUUCUGGACCCGCCUCGCCAAGGCUUUGUCCCUGCCCUGAAGAUGACCCUGGGAGCCCUAGGGCAGAGGUGAAGAUGAGCUGCCUGGAGCCAGAUUCUCUGAUGCUGUCUCGUCUGCAUCUUUGGCUGCCCUCAGGCUCAGCCCAUGUUCAGUGGUGGCUGGUCUGAGCAACUGGGACUGCCUUUCACUCCCACUCACCCAUGCCUAUGCACACAUCUCAGUUUUGCCUUGCUUGAGGUGGGAUCCUGUCCUCUGACAUGCCUAUGAGCUGGGUCACUAGGACCACAAGGACAAUGUCAUCAGGGAAGCUUCCUCCCUGGCUCACCAACAUGAAGACUUUCUACCAACUUUCUGUACCUCAAUUACUUGCUUUGUUAACAAGCAGCAAACACACACACAAAAAAACAUUCCAUCCCCAGUGGCUGAAGGCACGUGGCCCCAUAUAGUCUUGUUCAUGUAGAUGCGUGUAAGUACACAUGUGCUCCCUCACGUACACAGGCAUCUGCAUACAUGUGUUUCCUUUGGGACAGUUCCCAAGAAUAGCUGAGUGGAAGAAUUCUACUAUCAAGGGGACUUGGCCAUCUCCCUGCACAAAAAUGGGGUGCCUUUGCUACAGUGCCUAUAGUUCCAGCAUUUGGGAGAUAGAGGCAGGAGAAUCAGGAGUUCAAGGUAAUCCUGGGCUGCACACCAUGUUUAAGGUCAACCUGGGCUACAUGAGAACCUGUCCCCACCCCCAGCCCCCAAAAGAAGAAAAAGAUGAGGGCACUGUUGAUUUCUCCUCUCUUUUCUCAAGUCGUUGAAAGCAAAGUCUGAAAAGGCCCCAAACGCAUUUGGGCCUUUAGCAAACUGAAGAUAAAAAAGGAGAAGCUGUUCAGCGUCACCCCACAGACCAGCUGCAGGCUCAGCUAUUUUCUUCCAAGAAGUACGCUUUGCAUAUUUCUCUCAAGUUCUCCAGCACAGAGACAAUGUCUUGGUCUCUCUCAGGACACACCCCAGGGUCCUGAGUCCCAAAGAAAAUGGGUUUCCCCUCAGUGUCUGGGAGAGGAAUGGAGGCCUCUUUGUACAAUCUCAUGGGGGCAUUUCAAUGCUUGAUAUCGAGCAUUUUAAAGCAGCCUGGGCAAAGUAUCUCCUACACCUGUUUUAUAGGUUUUAUGGGAAUAUCAAUAGAGAGAAAGGCUCAUGUUUGUACUUUGUACUUCUAUAUGUGAAAUUUAUAAUAAAAAGUAUUUUAUUUUGAGAAAGUG